AUGAAGAUCGUCUACAUUGGUGUCCUCCGCAACGCGCAACCCGACCCGAUCGAGCUAUGCUGCGAGCGCGAGCUGAGCAGCUACUCCCGCUUCACCAAGGGCAGCAUCUCGGAGUUCACAACCAUGUUUAGCAAGCUCCUCACCGGCCGCACAAGCCCCGGACAACGGCAGGACGUUCAAGAAAAGGAUUUCACCUUCCACGUCUACGCCUCCAGCGCAUCACCCGGCAUCACCGGCGUCAUCAUCAGCGACGACGAGUACCCCUCCAUGGCGGCGCACCAGAUCCUCUCCAAGCUCCUCGACGAGUUCACGACCCAGAACCCCUCCGCGAAGACCGCCACGGGCCCCGUGAGAUUCGACGCCCUCCGCUCCUACAUCACGAAGUACCAGGACCCGCAGAACGUCGGCAGUAUCUUGAAGAUUCAGAAGGAGCUUGAUGAGACGAAGGUUGUGCUGCAUAAGACUAUUGAGAGUGUCCUGCAACGCGGCGAAAAACUCGAUGACCUUGUCCAGAAGAGCGAGGGCCUCAGCUCGCAAAGCAAGAUGUUCUACACGAGCGCGAAGAAGCAGAACUCCUGCUGCAUUGUCAUGUGA